CUCUGUGUUAUAAGGCAGCAUAUAGUAAAUUCAUUGUUUUUCUCCACAGAAAACACAUCUUAUUCAACUUAAGUUGGUUAAAAUGUUUGGGAAAUGUUUAAAAAUAAGUGAUAAUAUGAGUAAAAUUGUAACAGAGCACAAUUUGUAUAUGUUUAAGUUUUGUUUGGCGGUCCUUGAAUUACGUUAAAAGUGACACAGUUAAAACAGAAAAAAGAAAUUGACAAAAUUAAUUAUGCAAUAUUUUAUGAAGGAAAAGCAAUAAAAAAACUUCAACCAAGUCACAGGUAUUCUACUCAUAAUCAGUUUCUAUUUCCUGUCUUGUGUCCAAUGUGGCCACCAUAUUUGGUUCAUAGUUAUUCAAUGUUUCAUGUCCUAAGGCUUAGCGGAUAUUGGCGGAACAUAAACACAAUCUCUCAAAAAAAAAACUCACACAAGGUGAGGUUUGGGGAUCCGACCGAUCCAUCACUGGGACACUUUUCCAUUAAAAAAAAAAAAAAGCUCCAACCGUCAACUGCCAAUAGGGCGGUGAUCCAUCUUGUUGAAAUAUGAAGUCAUCCAAACCGGCUUAAAGCGAAGUGAAGCAUCCGAUUUGGAGCAUAUCGAGAUAGCUUGGUCCUUGGAGCCGUGACUACAAUGUGACGGCCAUUCAAAACUGAGAAAAGUUUUUUUUUUUUUUUCACGUGAUCGCUGACUCAUUCCGUGACGAUGCUCGAGAACUGAAUCGAUGCAUCAUGAAAUCGGGUCAUUCUUUUUUGAAUAAUCCUGUCUAACUUUUUUCAAACGCUGCCACAGCAGGAUAGAUCCAUCUGUUCAUGGUUCAUCAGUGUGAGAGCCACGGUGAACCUUCCCAGGAGUGACGAUCCAGCCAAAAUGACACCGAAAGCAAGACAAUGAAGUCACAAAAGACCCCACAACAACAUCCGAAGAACCGCAGGCUUCAUUUGCCUCAUUUAAGUACUAUGCCGUCCUACUUGGGAGGAGCUCAUUACACACCUGCUACAACUACACCUGGACUACUAGUGACAGACCUGUUGCCAGAUUGUUUCCUGACCCACGCCUGUUUCCUGCGCCUUGAGUAACUCCUCAAGGUUAAAGCUGACCCGAUGGCGUCGUCACUUCUUUCUUGGUCCUCCGUGGCUCUUCUCGUGCUCUUCUUCACUUCCACGUCCUCCACGCCGUCCGGUCCGGCGUCUGCCACCUGCGCGACUCUCGAACAAAGUCGCUUCUUUGGCGUUUUCUCCUCCACGACGACACUUCCAUCGGCACCGUGUUCCUGGACCCUGCAGAACCCCGACCCUCGUCGCUAUACCGUUUACAUGAAGAUCACUAAACCGACUGACUCCUGCGUACCCAAGCAGAUCAGGACCUUCCAGUUUGAUUCCUUCAUCGAGACGUCCCGGACUUACCUGGGUAUGGAGAGCUACGAUGAAGUCGUGAGGCUGUGCGACGCGUCGACUACCGUCACUUACCUUGAAUCCAGCAAGCAGUUCCUUCAAAUCCGUAAAGUGGCCCCGAGUAACGGUGUCGAGAUUCCUCAAAGCGAGAACGACGUCAGCGAGUUUAAGGCCGAGUUUCUCGUCGUCGGGAAGAGGAACCCGAGUAUGCCCGCCUGCCAGAUGUUGUGCCAGUGGUUGGAGAAGUGCCUGUCCAGUAGCACCCACGAGUACCCCUGCGGGAUCAUGAAUACACCUUGCCAGUGCUGGGAGGCCCCAAAGAGGAAGCCGGGGAGCUGCUACAGGGGCGGCGUCUAUGUGGAGAAAUGCAUUCCGGUGCCAAGAGACAAUGGACGCAAUGCCGAGAUCAUCAAAGGCUGGGCCGGAUGGAGUCGCUGGUCAGUAUGCAGCCAGGAAUGCGGGGGUGGCGUCCAGGUGCGGAGUCGUACCUGUCAACCCGAUGAUGCGGUCUGUGAAGGCACCGUUGAAGAAGGGCGGCCAUGCAACCCACAAGCCUGCAUCGGCAAAGAACGCACCAAAAGUCAGGGUCUGCGAGCCAUUAUUGGUCUGAGGAGAGACCACACUGAUGAUCCCAGCUUUGGAGUUGUUGCAACCCAAACCGCAAACGCUAAAACAGAUGAAUGGUCCGCAUGGACUGCAUGUUCAGUAACUUGCGGAGAAGGUUGGCAAAGCCGAACCCGCGUCUGCGCCACUUCCUCCUUCACCACCCAAUGCACCGGACCCCUGCGAGAGAACAGACCCUGCAACAACACCGCCAUCUGCCCAGUUGACGGAGCCUGGGAUGAAUGGACCCCCUGGAGCUUGUGCUCAUCUACAUGCGGUCGUGGUUACCGUGACCGUUCCCGUACUUGUAAGCUGCCCCAGAAUGGAGGAGAGCCUUGCAACGGACCUUCCAGACAGAACAAGCUCUGCAACAUUGCAGUGUGCCCUGUGGACGGACACUGGAACGACUGGUCAGCAUGGAGCCCAUGCUCUGCCUCUUGCUCCAACGGUACCAUGCAGAGAACAAGAGAAUGCAACGGCCCAUCCUACGGGGGCUCGGAAUGCCACGGAAGCUGGAAAGAGGCAGUCAACUGCUUCCUGAAAGAGUGUCCAGUUGACGGACGCUGGCACGCGUGGACCUCAUGGGGAAGCUGCAGCAAGACUUGCGGCGGCGGAGUCCAGCAGAGACAAAGACUAUGCGAAGGUCCUUUCUUCGGUGGGGAGCCUUGCCCCGGUGAAAGAGGGGAGCAGAGGCGCUGUAACGAGAAGAGAUGCCCCGAGCCACAUGAGAUUUGCCCUGAGCAGAACACUGGAGAUGUUGUGUGGAAGAAGACCCCUGCUGGUGACAUGGCUGCCAUCUCCUGUCCGGCUGAUGCUGCAGGUCUGAUUCUUCGCCGCUGCAGUCUUAAUGCUGUUGGUUUGGCCACAUGGGAGAGUCCAACUUACAUCAAGUGUGUCUCCAAGAACUACGAGAACAUUCAGAUCCUGUCGAGGGACUACAGUACCAAAGCACAGAUGGCGCAAAACGUGGACGGCAUCGCCGAAGUCAUUUCCCGUCUGAGGUUCUUAACCGAUGAAGGCGCCACGUACAGCGGUGACCUUUUGGCUGUCAUGGACAUCAUGAAGAACACCUCCGACUUGUACAAGGCAACCAGGCUGAGGCUCAGCAAUGCAGACGUUGAGAACUACGUCCAAACAAUCAGCAACUUACUGAAGGAAGAACAUCACGACAAAUGGGAAGAGGCACAGCUGAUGGGCGCCAACGUUAAGGAGUUCUUCCAUCUUGUUGAGGACUCAGUGAACAUGAUCGGUAUGCAAAUGAGCGGCUUCCAGGACAUUUAUGAAGUCACCGAGAAUUUAGUGCUGAGCAUCCAUAAGCGGCCAACAACAACAAGCUCCAACUUCACUUUCCCGGCUAAAGGCUGGAGGGGCAUGUUAGACUGGGUGAGGACUUCCGAGGAGAAAAUUUCUGUUUCCAGAGAAGCACUAGCCAUCGAGCAAACUGAUGGCAAUGAUGCAUUUGUGACUGGCAUCGUCCUCUACAGAAACCUUAGUUCCUUCCUCUCCUUUCAGAGCAACAGCACCCUGCUCAAUUCCAAAGUGGUCACGGUGAUCGUCAAGCCCACCCCUUCCCUUGCGUCUUCUCCUGUUGAGAUCGAGUUCCCCCACCUCCACAAUGGCACCAUGAAUGAGACUUGCCUAUCUUGGGAUGAGAGUGAAACAUCCUCCCUGCUCGGAUCUUGGUCUGCUCGGAGCUGCAGAGCCGUCCCCGUUCAUUCGUUCCGAACCAAAUGCGUGUGUGACAGCCUCUCCACCUUCGCCAUUUUAGCGCACACCAACUUCGAUUCGAUCAUGGACAAGGCGCUUCUCCCAUCCGUGACUCUCAUAGUUGGCUGUGGGGUCUCCUCGCUAACUCUGCUCCUCCUCAUUAUCAUCUACGUCUCCGUGUGGAAGUACAUCCGCUCCGAGCGCUCCGUUAUCCUCAUCAACUUCUGCCUCUCCAUUAUAUGCUCCAACGCGCUCAUUCUCGUUGGACAAACUCAGGCUCGCAAUAAGGUGGUGUGCACACUGGUGGCGGCUUUCCUCCACUUCUUCUUCCUCUCGUCUUUCUGCUGGGUGCUGACAGAAGCUUGGCAGUCGUACAUGGCUGUCACUGGUCGUCUGCGUAACCGCAUCAUCCGCAAGCGCUUCUUAUGCUUAGGCUGGGGCUUGCCUGCAUUAGUGGUGGCUGUGUCUGUGGGCUUCACCAAAGCCAAGGGCUACGGCACCGUCAACUACUGCUGGCUGUCUCUGGAGGGCGGACUUCUCUACUCCUUUGUUGGCCCCGCCGCUGCCGUUGUUUUGGUGAAUAUGGUCAUUGGUAUUCUGGUCUUCAACAAGCUGGUAUCCAAGGACGGCAUCACUGAUGUGAAGCUGAAGGAGAGAGCUGGGGCAUCGCUAUGGAGCUCCUGCGUGGUUCUACCUCUGUUGGCUCUCACGUGGAUGUCUGCCGUGCUCGCCAUCACCGACCGCCGUUCCGCACUCUUCCAGAUCCUUUUCGCCGUCUUCGAUUCCCUGGAAGGUUUCAUCAUCGUCAUGGUCCAUUGCAUCCUGCGUCGAGAGGUUCAGGAAGCUGUUAAGUGCAGGGUAGUGGACCGCAAGGACGACGGAAAUGGAGAUUCCGGCAGCUCCCAUCACAAUGGACACAACCAGCUCACGUCCGAUAAUGAAAAGGACGGGGAUUCGAACAGACAAGGAAUGAGCAGCUCCUCGGAAGAGAAAAUGUCGCCGCCUCAAAUGCCUCUUCCCAUGGGACCCAACUUCCACACUUUACCAUCCAGCAAAAGCCACAUGCAAGCCGUUCCCGAAUAUUCCAGCCACACUCUCACACUGAAACGGGAAAAGAGCCGUUUGGCCGGCGGAGUCGACCCAUCCUGCGGGAAACCCGUAUACGUCUGCGAGGGGGAGCUCUUCCAGCAACUGGAUGCCGAUCUCGCGUUGGUUCAAGCAGAGGGCGGAGUCUCCACCAGCGGCGGCGGCGGCUACGUGCUCAUGCCCAACACGACGUCCACGCUGAGAUCCAAGCCGAAAGACGAUGCGACAAAAUACAACAUCUGCGUGGAGCAACUCCCGCAGGCGAGACUCAUGCACAUGGGCGGGCCUUUUGCCGAGCCGCAAACCGCCUUCGGGAUCAAAUCCAUCCCUCCCGAUCAGAUCAGCGUUUCCUAUUCCGAGAGGGACUCGCCUAUCCAGAACAUCCACAACAUGUCCAGUGAAUCUCACAUCACCCAUAGCAGCCUGGAGAACACCUUUGAGUCCAUGAACUCCAUGAUGUCCAAAAGCGAGACCAUCUCCACCUUAUCCAUGAGCUCCUUAGAGAGACAAAAGUCCCGAUAUGCUGAACUGGACUUUGAGAAAAUAAUGCACACGAAGAAGCGUCACCAGAAUAUGUUCCAGGACCUGAACAGGAAGUUACAUCAUGGUGAUAAGGACAGGGAGUCGCCUGCAUCCGACAGCAAGUCUGUGAGAUGGAGCGUAUCAUCAGCAGGAAGUGACAAAACGAACCACAGCGACAAACAGCAGGCUCCCAUGGAAAGACCUUGGGAAGCGGUACGGGUAUUACCACAGCAGUCUCCUCCCGCGUGGGUUCGCAAAGAUCUGGAGCCUCUGGCUGCGUCGCCACUGGAGUUGCACGCCGUGGAAUGGGAGAAAACGGGCACCCCCAUCCCUCUGGUGGGGCAGGACAUCAUUGACCUGCAGACAGAGGUCUGAACAGAGGGGAUGGGAUUCGGAAGCCUUAUUUUACCUCGGUUCCCUGUCGGGCUCCUGUUUAGGUACAGUAAAGGAAUACAGGAAGUGAAUCGAUGUCUUCAAACCCUCAGCGGGAGCAAAAAGGGGGGAGAGUGGAGUGCUUGAUGAUUGUUUCCUCUCCGAGUGGACUUAAAGCAGCUCUGGUUAGAGUGCUCAGGAGGUCAAAGGGCUGGUGGAAUGCUCCGUGGUCCAUGCCAGGCCAGCGUCGCCUGUGGUUCUUGUAAUGUACGCCGGAAACCCGGUCAGAUACUUCUUUGCAAAUUACGAGACAAACACUUUUUUUUUUAGGAGGGGGAGGAAUCAGCAUAUUGACAGCAUAUUUGAAUUAAUUUACUUGGAUUUUUUUUUUUUUUUUUUUCGUUUCUGGUGCAUUUUAUUCCUUCUUUUACCGUUUUACGUCUGGAAUUUUAAAAAAAAUGAGACUCUUCCAUGAGACUUGUUUGCCAUUCAUAUCACCACAGUUAUUAUUGCUGCUGUUAUUAUUAUGUUUUUUUUUUAACUUUAAGUAGGGAUGGGUAUAAUCAUUAUUGAAGCAUUUGUUAAGAAUAAUACUGACUAAUCACAUCUUGUGGCUAAUCGAAGCUAGCUUUCUACUGUAUCGUUCCACAAAAUCCAGACCCCCCCCAAAAAAAAUUACCCUACAAAUUGCUAACCGCAUUGCAUUUUUUUAUUGAGUGCCAUUGCUAAAUAUGAAAUUCAUAUUUUUUGGAAUUUCUGGAUUUACCUUAUUUUCUAUCAUUUUUGCCUAAAUUAUGCAUUUCCAAGCAUAGAAAUGGCUAAAUUAACUAAAAUACGACAUUCAGAAGACGCAUUCAAAGACAUUGUGAUGAUGUGUAAUAUUCUACAAUAGUCACUCGUUGUCAGUAAUGCUACUGUAAUGUUCCGCGAGACACACAAGCACCAGACUUGAUUCAUAUUUUUGAAUUUCUGGAUUUGCCUUAUUUUCUGUCGUUUUUUUGCCUAAAUUAUGUAUUUUCAAGCAUAGAAAUGGCUAAAUUAACUAAAAUACGACUGAUUAUAAGGCAUUCGGAAGACGCAUUCAAAGACAUUGUGGUGAUCUACAAUAGUCACUAGUUGUCAGUAAUGCUACUGUAAUGUUCCGCGAGACACACAAGCACCAGACUUGAGUCUAUAUUGUGUCUUAUUUUCAAUAUACAUAAAUAUAGGGGUGUUAGUUUAUUUCUUGAGGGCUCUAGACUGGCAAAAAAUACUCUACACAUUGCUGAUAGCAUUGCUGUCUGUUCAUUUUUAUUGAGUGCAAUUGCUAAAUUAGAAAUUCAUAUUUUUGAAUUUCGGGAAUUUCUGGAUUUACCUUAUUUUCUAUCGUUUUUGCCGAAAUUAUGCAUUUUCAAGCAUAGAAAUGGCUAAAUUAACUAAAAUACGACUGAAUAUAAGGCAUUCAGAAGACGCAUUCAAAGACAUUGUGAUGAUGUGUAUUCUACAAUUGUCACGAGUUGUCAGUAAUGCUACUGUAAUGUUCAGCGAGACACACAAGCACCAGACUUGAGUCUAUAUUGUGUCUUAUUUUCAAUAUACAUAAAUAUAGGGGUGUUAGUUCAUUUCUUGAGGGCUCUAGACUGGUUUUGUAUGCACUGACUGCUAAAAUAUUCGUCUGAAACGAGGGAUUAUUGUAUGGAAAAGCCCUUCAGGUAGCAUUAUUGCAUUGAAAUGGGAGUUCAGAACAUUCAGUUCAUGAUUCUCCAAUCCCAUCCAAUUCUUUGAAAUGCCCAUCCCUAGUUUAUAUUUUAAUUGUGUAUUUUUAUUUCCGAUGUAUUAUGAUGCAGUAUGCACUGCAAUAUGGGACAAACCAACCGAAUCGUGACCCCCACCCUCCGUCCCCCCGUCCCUGCAUUUGCUUCGACACCAAAGCACCAGCACCACAAUACAGACUCUUGACGCGGAGCAGUGCACUGUGGGAAUGGGCUGGGCUUGGUUUCUCAGCCUUGCGGGACCAUGCGGACUUCUCUGACGCUCCUGGCGCUGAUGUGACAGUGCAGUCGGUCUCUGGCUGUCAAACCUUCAACACAUUUGUGUUUUCAGACCAUCAGUGUGAAAAAAAAAAAACAAACGGUGCAAUAUGAUGGGUGCUUGAUGCUCAAGCAAGACCGAUAUUUAGGAUUUAGGACAUUCUUUUCUUACCGAUGAUUCAAAUCUUUUAUACCAUCUUCCUCAUAAUUGCAGAGCAUAUAGACGCUAUAUGAGAAUAUAUUGUAUAACAAAUCUGUAUUAGUAAUUCAAGGAAUUUAUUAACUAGAGAUUUGUUAGCAUUAAACUCCAUAUUUGGAGGUGUCUGUGACAGGUUAGAUCAUUGUACUUCUAUAAAGCAAACAUUGUAUAGAAUGAAUGAAUUAUCUCUCCAAUUUGCUUCGGGAUGUUUGUUAUUACUCUCCACUGUGUCGCGACGAGUAAUGGAACCUCAUGUCCUCAUGUAAGAGUGUGUUUUUUGAUAACCUUGUCAGUAAUUACCUGCCAAUUUUCCUAGUUCCUCUGUACUAGUCCAAUUCAUACCUCGAAAGGACGUGUAUUGAAUAAUCAUUUGUAUUUUCUUGUCACAAAUUGUUUUCCCCUCCCUUAAAUGUACAGUUUUCACAGCACAAAAUGAAUGUGAUUAAUUUCUAAUAAAAUG